AUUGGGUAUACUGCCCCCUUCCCUGAGUCUGAGAAGCAGGAGAUCCUGGAAAAGUUGAACCAGUAUUCUGAGGAGGAACUGGGACAGUUUGUUGCGAAGAAGAAUGCAAAAUUAAUCUCCGCACACAGACAGAAGAAUGGAGAUUUUUCAUGCAUUGAACAGUUAUUAGAUGUUGAACGUGUUGAGACGAGGCUGAUGGAGAGAAUAUGUCGUGAUCUACUAAAAUUAAAGAUAAAAAGAAGUAAAUAUGAAACCAAGGACGGAAAAGAUAAUAUCAUGGUCAAAUAUUAUUCAAAGAAUGUACAUCCGCAUCCAGGGACUGAAGGAUUACCGGAAGGAAGUCAGAUUAUGGGAAUCAGAGUAAGUUUACGAAAAGUCAGCUAUGCUGUCCUCUCAGAUGAGGGUUUAGUGAGGUGGGGUAGUUUACCUGUGUUUACUCAAGUAUCCUCGAAAUCUCAAUAUGAACACACAAACCUAUUCUCUUUAUGUCAGGAUCUAGUUGAGAGAUUACCCCCUGCGGAUUAUUAUGUACAAGAAGACCUUCUUACAAUUCUACCAAACGAUCCAUACGUCAAGCUGAAAAUUAAUCUUGUUAAACUCAGGUCCUAUUUAAUGUGCACACUGACCAGCAGAAGUGUGUUGGGAAUGAAUAAUAUCUAUACCCUGAAACCUGCUAUACUGGAUUCUCUUUUUACUUUGAAAAUGGGAAGUGAUCGACUAUCUAUGCAGGAUAAACUGUGGAAUAUGAUCAAUGAAAAAAGCGAAACACCAAAUCUAUACAAUAUUAAAAUCAGUGAAGACAUGCUAAGUAUAUUAUAUGAUAAAGAGGAAGGUGGAGAACCCCUGGCUGGAGCUUUAUUACAGGCAGUAGCAUUCAAGCAUAUAGUGCAGACCUUAAAGCAGAAAACAGAGAGCUGAUACUGGUCCUUGGAGAAACAUUCACGAUUUUUUUUGGUUUUCAAAUCUCAAAAUAUGGGCCAAAGAAAAAAAUAAAAUCAGAAAAAGAACUUUUUGGGGUUAAAAAUCCUUACAAAUUGCAUCCAUUUUUUUACUAUUUAUUUCAGA